CCACUUUCUUUCCUAGGUUUUGGUGGGCUGGUUGAAGAUGAAAUCCACUGAGAAGGGAAGACUGAAGAGGGAAAACUUGGGUCUUCUGCACUCUGUGUGCCAGACCAGAAGUGGUCCCAUGAAGGCUUCCAUAACAUCUGUAGACCCUGUAAAAAUGAAGUGUUCUUGGAUUUGGACAUUCCCAAUAGGAAGAGUUAAAGGCUGACAGGACUAUAAAAGCAGAGAAGAUGCUAGGUAAUUGACAGAUCCUGUGCAACUCGAUUCCUAGAUUGACGCUGGAUUCAUUUGAUAGUAGAGAGAAAAUAAGAAAUCAGAACUAGAUGAACAAAAUUUGAGUCUCAUAUUCUCAUUCUGGACCUCUUCAGUGCUUAAAAUCCUGGAUAUACAGUAGAUGAGGACUGCAUUUUUCAUGUAUGGAUCUUCAGCAUCUGCAGACCUCAUCACCAUGUCUCUGUGUGAAGAUAUGCUGCUUUGUAAUUAUCGCAAGUGUCGCAGCAAGCUCUCUGGUUAUGCAUGGGUCACUGCCUGUUCUCACAUCUUCUGUGAUCAGCAUGGCAGUGGAGAGUUCAGCCGCUCACCAGCUGUCUGCCCAGCCUGCAACAGUACCCUUUCUGGAAAGCUAGAUAUUGUCCGCACAGAACUCAGUCCAUCAGAGGAAUAUAAAGCUAUGGUAUUGGCAGGGCUACGACCAGAGAUUGUAUUGGACAUUAGCUCCCGAGCACUGGCCUUCUGGACAUACCAGGUGCAUCAGGAACGUCUCUAUCAAGAAUACAAUUUCAGCAAGGCUGAGGGCCAUCUGAAACAGAUGGAGAAAAUAUAUACUCAACAAAUACAGAGCAAAGAUGUAGAAUUGACAUCUAUGAAAGGAGAGGUCACCUCCAUGAAGAAAGUGCUAGAAGAAUACAAGAAGAAGUUCAGUGACAUCUCUGAGAAACUUAUGGAGCGCAAUCGCCAGUAUCAAAAGCUCCAAGGCCUCUAUGAUAGCCUUAGACUACGAAAUAUCACUAUUGCUAACCAAGACAGCACCCUUGAACCAUCUAUGAUUGCACAGUCUGGUGUCUUUGGCUUCCCAGUAGGGAACAACUCCAGGUUUCCUUUGGACAAUAUACCAGUUCGAAAUCAGGGUGGCGGAGAUGAAGAUUUUCAGUUCAGACCAUUUUUUGUGGGUUCUCCCACAGCACCCGAAGCCAGCAACAGCUUUUUUAGUUUUGCUUCUCAAAGUCAUGAAUUAGAGCAGCAGCAGAUCUCUAGCAGAGCCUUCAAAGUAAAAAGAAUUUAGCUCAAUUUACAGACUGUUUCUCUGCCUUCAGUGAUUUCAUUUAUCAUAUAAUCUUCAUUCUUAAUAGGAGUAACCAACUUCCCUGUGCUGUUGAAUCUCUGAAGUUGUCUUCACACGUUCGACUUAUAAGAGAUUCACUGGCAGUGGGAUAGGUGGCUUUAGUGUCUGUUUCCUUGUUUCUAUUACUUAAAGCAUGAACAUUUUACUAAUCUCAGUUUCUGUUGUUACCAUUGAAUUUUUAUCACUGGUGAAAAGGUCGCAACAUGAUAGAAUGUUUUGUAGGUCACUGUUUGGGUCUUGCUGUUUCUGACCAAGCUGUGUAUUUAUGCACAUGUCUGUGAAUACCAGUGUUACACGUCUAAGUGUCACUUUGGAUUCUGGUAUUUAUGUAUAUAUGUAUAUGUAAGUGUGUUCACUGAUAUUUUGCUGUAUUUACCAGUAUAUUUAUGUGAAGAUUUAGGUCUUGGAAAAUGAUGGUUGGUUGAUUUGUGGCUUGUUAUCUGGGCGUAGGUAUUUGUAUAUAUUUACGUAUUUGCAUUCAUAUUAACUUGUUGGGAGGCAUGCUCAUGCCAGUGGAUGAGAGUAUAAUUUGAUAUAUGUGUAUUCACUUACUCCUUGUAUUUUAAAAUAAUUUACAUUGGUAAAGUUAUUUUGUGAAGUUGAUUUUUUGGCAUUUGUUUUAAGCUUCUUUACCUUUGUGUUUAUUUAGGAAUUCACUUCUGCAAUUUAGCAAUGUUAUCACAAGUGAUUAUUAAUUAAAAUAAUUUUAAGCCUUCAUUAUUUCUCUUUAUUAAAUAGUGAGCAUUUCUGACUACUAACGGAAAUUAAAUUAUGUUUAAUUGCUACCUUUAAGUAUUUAACAUGGAGAGCAAAGAGAGAAUUUGAAUGAUAAACUCAGUAACUGUUAGACGCAAAACUUGAAAGCAUACUGAUUGGGGAAGCAAUAUCUGGGAUCUAAUUAUGUUUUUUUUUUGUGUGUGUGUGUGAGAUUGAGUUCUUUUUUCUUUUUUUUUGUUGCAAAGCCAUAGUACAGUUUAUUGAAAGAAAAAGGAAAGUAUAGGCACUGCAAAAGAAAGCUCGGUGGGUCCUCAGAUGGGACAGAAGCCGAGUGAACUUUUUUUGGUGUGUUAUUAGGGUUUGAACUCAGGGCCUGGAGCUUGUUGGGCAGGUCCUCUACCAUGUGAGCUAUGCCCCA